AUGCUCUUUAGUCUUCAACGCAGCACCCACUCUAUAAAGGUCAGUCAUCUCUUUGCUCUUUUCUCUCUCAAACAACAUUGUUCUUCCUCACCCUUUCAAGAACCACAAAUAGAGCCACAUAAAUCAAACAAAUCCCACAUAGACACAUCUUCAGUUUACGUUUCUGGUUUUACAAAAUCGGUCCUGGAUAAGUGCUCUGCACUUUUGGUUAGAAGGACUGAACAUUCGACUAGUUGUGCUUCUUCUCUUGAAGAAUGUCUUCUUAGUGUGUCUCAUUUGAACCCUAGAAUCACCCGUAAAUUUUGGAGAAAGUCUCGAUUAGAACCUCAAGAUGUUCUUGAACUGUUACUGGGUUAUGAAUCUAGUGCUGGGAAAUUGGGAAUUGAUGUUCAAAAGGUUGGAUCUUUAUUGGGGAUUUUUAAGUGGGCUAGUGCCAGUACCAAACAAGGUAGGAGUUUUAAGCAUCUUGAUCAGUCUUUCAAGGUCAUGGUGGGAUUGUUGGUUCAGGUGGGGUUGUUUAAGGAUGCUGAAUGCUUGCUUUUGGCCAUGGAUAAAGAAGGAAUUUUAUUGGAUGAUCAUGAAGUUUUCAGUAAUUUGAUUGAAUGGUAUGUAGGUAUUGAUGAAUUAGAAAAGAGUAUCAAUAUGUAUCAUAGAAUGAGGGCCCUAAAUUUAGUCCCAUCCUUGUCAUGCUAUCGUACUCUUCUUAAUUAUCUGGUUCAUAGGAAUCAAACCCAGUUGAUCUCUAGUGUGUAUGGUGAUAUGCUUGAGAUGGGGUUAAAGAUGGGUGUGGCAGAAAAGGAUAUCUAUGAGAAUGUAGUUAAAGUACUGUGCAGAUCAGUUGAAAAAGUUCAAGAAUCACGAAAUUUGAUUAAGAAGGCCUUUCUUUAUGGAAUUAAACCCACCUCUUUAGUUCUUGAUGCGAUUGCGAGUGGGUACUGUGAGAAACAGGAUUAUGGUGAUUUGCUGAGUCUUUUUGUUGAAAUUGAUUGUGUGCCCGAUGUGGUGGUUGGGAACAAGAUCAUACAUUCGAUAUGUCAAAAUUUUGGAGCAGAAGAAGCCUUUGUGUUCCUGGAAGAAUUGGAGCAUUUGGGCUUUUCCCCUGAUGCUAUAACCUUUGGAAUAUUGAUUGGAUGGAAUUGCCAAGAAGGAAACUUGAGAAACGCCUUUGUUUGUCUCUCGAUUGUUUUGUCUAGAGGCUUAAAACCUCACAGAUAUUCUUAUAAUGCUAUCAUUAGUGGGGUAUUCAAGCAAGGUAUGUGGAAUCAUGCCAAAGAAAUUGUUCUUGAAAUGGAAGAUGAAGGGAUAACACCUGAUAUGUCAACUUUCAGGGUUCUUUUAGCAGGAUAUUGUAAAGCUAGACAAUUUGAUGAGGUGAAGGUAAUAGUUGAAAAGAUGGUGCAUAAUGGCUUGAUUGAACUCUCACCGUUACAAGAUCCUAUAUCAAUAUCGUUUAUGUUGUUGGGUAUUGAUCCAUUGACUGUAAGAGUUAGGAGGGAUAAUGAUGUGGGGUUCUCCAAAACUGAGUUUUAUGACAGCAUGGGGAAUGGACUCUAUUUAGAAGGUGAUAUAGUAGACUAUGACCAAACUAUGACUAGCGUUCUCAAUAAUUCAAUGGUUCCUGAUUGUAAUCGUCUUAUAAUGAAGGAUGAUGGUCUUAAUAUCUCUAAAACAGCGUCUGAAUUGGUUCACUGGGGCCAAGAACUGUCCUUUGCUGCUUUCUCGACACUACUGAAGAAGUUCCAUGCAUCUAAUUCAAGUUUUAAAACAAUCACCACGCUCUUGGAGAAUAUGCCGAAGUUACAUAAUGAGCUUGACGAAGAAACACUCAAUUUGCUUGUUCAAAUGCAUGUCAAAAGGGGUUUUAUACUUAAAGCAAAGAAAAUAUACGACGAAAUGGUCAAGAGAAAUCUGAAAAUAAAAAACAAGACGUAUUCUGUUCUAGUAUUGGGUUUAUGCAAGAAAGGGAAUUCAAGAGACCUUCAUGAUUGCUGGGAACUACCUGAAAAUCAGAACUGGUUUCCUACUUUGAACGAUUAUAGAACCCUCCUUUGUUCGUUAUGCCAAAACGACAUGCUGAUGGAAGCUUUAUUUCUUUUUGAGCGUGCGAUGCUGGUUUACCCACAUGAAGUACUGGAGCUCUCUUAUGCUUUUCUUGAAAAGAUUUGUGGAAUUGGGUUCACUAAAGUUGCUUGUGUUUUGUUCGAUGAGCUUCUGGCAAGGGGAUAUGACUUGGAUCAGGUGGCUUAUAGCCAUCUUUUAAAAGGGCUUUGCAAGGAGAAGCGGUUUUCUGAAGCUUUUGUCAUGUCUGUUAAAAUGCUGGGCAAGCAUUCUGCCCCAGAUCUUGGUGUUUCUGGUUCUCUAGAAGUUGACAUUCAUAAUGUUUUGCUUCAUGGGUAUUGCCUGGCGAAAGACUUGAGGAAAGUUAAGGAGGUAGUUGGGGUGAUCUUAAAGAAGAACAUAACCAUCUCCAUUUCGAGUUACAGUAAGUUGGUGUCUCUAAUGUGCAACGAUGGUCGAAUCCCUUUUGCUUUGUUGAUAAAAGAUCUUAUGGUUGAACAGAGUUCUUCACAUCUAACUCUGUAUAAUAUCCUGAUUUUCCAUCUUUUCGCCUCCAGAAACAGUGCGUGUGUCGAUAUUCUUUUAGAUGAAAUUCAAGAUAAGGGACUAGAAUUCGACAAUGUCACUUAUAACUUUCUUGUGUACGGAUUCUCCCAGUGCAAGGCUGUACCACGAUCCCUUCAGUAUCUGACUGCAAUGAUGUCUAAAGAACUGAAACCAAGUAACAGAUGUCUACGAUCAGUAAUCAGUUUGCUUCAAUCUGGUGGUGAGUUCAAGAAAGUCUUAAAACUGAGUCGAGAAAUGGAAGCCAGAGGCUGGAUUCAUUGUUCCACUUUUCAAAAUGAAGUGGUGGAGGGUCUUUUGAAGAUCAAUAAGCUCCAAGAAGCUGUAGACUUUCUUGACAAGAUGAUUCUUAAAGAUCUUAUUCCAGAAAACAUAAACUACGACAAUCUAAUCAAACAGAUGUGUCGUUAUGGAAGAAAAGAUAAAGCUUUUCAUCUUCUCGACAUCAUGUUGAAGAAAGGAAACACCCCUAAUUCAACAAGCUACGAUUGUUUAAUUCAAGAUUUAUGUGUAUCCCAUAAGAUGGAAGAAGCCCUUGAUCUGUAUACCGAAAUGUCGAACAGAAAACUGAUCCCAAGCACGAAAACACAUGAAGUUGUAACCGAAAAGCUUUGCCAAUUAGGGAGAACAUCAGAAGCCGAAAAGCUAAUCGACGCUAUGAUCUCCAUGGGAGAGCAUCCAAGCAAGGUGAUGUUUGGAUCAGUGGUUAGUAGGUAUCGUCUUGAAAGAAACUUUCCCAAGGCCUCAAAGCUCUUACAAAGGAUGCAAGAAUUUGGGUACAAGCCAGAUUUCGAGACUCAUUGGUCUGUAAUCAGCACUCUAAGCAGGUUUAGUGGCAAAGACAAAGAUGACAACAGUCGUAACUUUCUAUCAAGACUUCUGUCUGAAAGUGGGUUUAAUCCGAAAUCCAAGUAAUUAAAUUGCAAA